GUAGUAAAUCAAUGCAAUGAUCUGAUAUUUCUGUUUUAAAAUAUUUGACAAGUUGAUAACCUCAAAAAUAUGAUUUCAACACAUCAAAUCAAACAUAAAUACUGCACAAUCUUUGAUUAGUGCAAACAUUAAUUUUCGAUAAUGUUAUUACUCGUCUAUGUAAUUCGCUAUACACCAAAUGUAAGCUGUUGAAAAGAUAUGGAAACAAGUACAGCUGGAUGGUUUGGUCUUAUACUAAUUUUAUGUUUUACAAGCUUUGGUAUAUCAUGGCUGUUAAUUAUUACAUUGAGUUUAAUAUUAUUUAUAGUGGGCUUGGUGUCAUUGCUGUAUGUGCAACAAGGUAACAUAGAAAAAUUUUAUGUAAAAUGUGCUGGAAACCCUUUGACUUUGAACAACAUUAGAGAAGGCGGUAUAGAACACAUUGUGAAACAAUUAGAGAGUCCAAGAAAAGUACAAAAACGUGAUAGUAGAGUAACUGGAAGUGAAUUGAUUGAUAGUUCUUUACAAGAAAUUCUUGGUUACGUUAUUAGAGACUAUGUUUCAAAUUGGUAUAGUAUUAUAACCAAAGAUACUGAAUUUCCAGACAUCACAGUUCGACGUACAGCACAAACUUUUGCUAUAAAUAUAUCUAAUAGAGUUAAAGAAGUUGAUUGGAUACCAUAUUUAACACAAAAAUUUGUUGAUGACGCAGCUUCGCACUUAAGAUUAUUUAAACAGGCUAGAACGAAAAUAAAACUACAAGAAGUAGCUAGAGGACAGAAUAUUUCGCUGCAGAAGGAUAAAAGUUCCCCCAAAAAAAAUGUUCACAAAAGAAAUAAAAGCGAAACGGAUAUAAAUUGGUAUAAUGGGCGAACGUCAGAACUAAAAAAAGAUGCUGAAAGAGUGGGCAACUCUGUAUUUUAUGUGGGGGAUGAUAAAAAGGAUAUGACUUUGGAGGACUAUUUUUUUAAGCUAGAAUGUCAAAUGGAAAAUAAUGUUAUUUCACGAGAUGCCCUUUGUAGAAACGUAGAUAUUGAAAAGGAUUUUUUGUGUGAAUUAACUGAAAUUCUUUUAUACAUCCUACUUCCGGACGAAGAUUUUCAAUGUAAACCGCUUCGAUAUAUUCUAAGAGAAAUAUUUGUAAAUUGCGUUAUUUUACCACUAAUAAAUUUAAUUUCGGAUCCAGAUUAUAUAAAUCAGGCGAUAAUAUGGCUGUGUUUGAGAGAGAAUCAGUUGCCCACCGACAUAUUUAUAACUACUCUUAGAAUGACUGAUAACUGUGAUGAAUUGAAAAGUACCAAAGAUUUAAUAUCACUUGAAAUACAAACUCUGAGAUCUCGGGAUUUGGGAGGAGAAAGUGAUCUAGCAGUCAAACAACAACUCAGCAGCUUAUAUUACGUCUUAAAAAUAAUAGAUAAUAAAUUAUCCAAAAUGGAAAAUAUGGACAGUAUAGAUGGACAAAAUUUGGAUUAUAUUCAAAUAGAAAACAUCAAAAAAAUCGAACUUACUUUAGACCAAAUUUUAAAAAAUAACAUAGCGCUGUCAUAUUUUAUUGAUUUCGUUUCUAGUCAAGGAAAACAACUAGACCUCUUCUUCUAUUUAAAUGUUGAAGGUUGGAAAGUAUCCGUAGAACAACAAUUGUCGGAUCUUCAUCUAACUAAAUUAAUUAAAGGUUCAACAGAAAAUUUAAAUUCGACUUACGAAAAUAUCCGUUCCACUGCCCUGAGUAUUUACGAACAAUAUUUGGGUGAUAAAACUGAGCAAAAAGUACAAAUAAAACCGGCGAUUGUACAAACGUUACAUUUCAAGAUUCGAAAUCUAAACGAAAUCCCUUCGGAAACUUGGUUCGAUACUGUUCUCGAAGCUACUUACGAAAAAAUGGAAAAUAAUUUUUUGCCGUUGUUCAAAAAAAGCAAAUCGUACGUUAAGUUAUUACAAGAACUCGAUCUAUUACAACAAGCUAACUCCGAAGAUGACGUAAUCAGUAUUAACAGUAGUGAAUGUGUAGACGAACCUCCAAAUGUGGCAACUAGAAAAAUGGAUCUUCUGUCUGUUGAAAGUCCCAAGAACGUAAAACACGCUAGAUCGUGGAGCGACGUAACAAUGCUGAUUGGAAAAAAUGAAUCCGAAAUAAAAUCACGUAGCUCUAGUCUAGAAAAAAGGAUAACCGCUAACGGAUCUGAUGUAGUUAAAGAAGAAGAAAGAAAAAUCGACGAAAAACUUUUGAAAACCGGAAAUUUUACUCUUAACGUGAAUAUUAUUGAAACUGGAAUAGUUUGUGAAAAGGGUAAAACAUUUGGUAUAUAUGCCAUUCGAGUUAGUAGAUCAUAUGAGACAGGGUACCAAGAAGAAUGGCAUAUUUAUCGAAGAUAUAGCGACUUUCAUGACCUUUAUUCCAAAGUUAAGGAAAAGUUUCCAGAUUUAUCGAAACUUCCAUUUCCCGGUAAGAAAACAUUCCAUAAUAUGGACCGAGCCGUUUUAGAAAGAAGAAUGAAAAUGCUGGGUUCGUAUAUGAAUGAAUUGUGUCGUAAUCAUGUGAUAUCAACUCAUCAAGGUCUUAAAGAACUUGUGAUAACGUUCCUCGAACAGGGAGAUUAUGAUAGAGCAAAUGGAGGACCAAUAUCUAGUACCAUCGAUACUUUGGUGAAUCCUCUUAAAACUGGAAUGAAAACAAUUAAAAAUAUGCCGGAACAUCUUAUUAACACUGUUGAUGAAGUAGUCGUCGGUCUAACGAAGGUGUUCCAUCCAAAACCAGUGAGGUUUCCGGAAGCUUGUAAAGUUGGUGCCUCAAUAGAAGAAACCGACGACAACAUUCCACUUAGAAUAAUGUUAUUGAUGAUGGAUGAAGUGUUUGAUUUAAAGUCUAGAAAUCAAUGGUUGAGAAGAAGAAUCGUAACACUUUUGAGGCAGAUAGUGAGAACAAUGUUUGGUGAUAUAGUGAACCGCAGAAUACUCGAAUAUGUGUCCUUCAUCACUAGUCCAAAGAAUGUAGCACAUUAUUUGUAUAUUUUUAAACAUUCUUUUUGGCCAAAUGGUAUUAGAAAUGAAAAGAAACCAGAACGAGAUAAUGAUACUAAAAAUAGAACAAGAGUGGCUGCUAAAGUUGCUCUUUUAUCGAGCCUGUCAGAUGAACUCAAACAUAUUAUUGGUUCAGAGACGACUAGGCGAGGUUUACUUACAAUUUUCGAUCUUUUCCAAAGACCAAUUUUAAACCGUAGAUUAUUAUAUGUAUUAUUAGAAGGUAUAUUAUGUAAUUUAUUUCCCGAUAAGGAAAUGAGUAAAUUAAUUAUAAAAUUAUAUUCAAAAACAAAGAAAAACGAACACACCAAUACUCCAAAGACUAGGUGAUUAAUUUUAAGUUUUUCUAUUUUGUUAUCGGUUCUUUUUUGACAUAGUUACAAGGUUAAGUUACAGGGUGGCGCAAUAGAACCUGUCUGUGGUCCUAGACUUUUUGAUUGUGGUUUAAACGUGGAACCGGUUUCUUCAAAACGCUUAUUUUGAUUAAAUUUACACUCGGAACUUCAUUAACCCAUAUUCUGAACGACACAGUUGUCUCGUGAUGGCUAUUAAAACUACACGAGUGCAACUAUCCAAACGCUCCCCCAGCCACGCAUCUUAUCUUGUGAAAAAAGAUGUUGCGAUAUGCACGUUCUACUGUACCACCCUGUAAAUGAGAUGAAAAAACAUUCAGGGUUUCUUGAUAAAAAUAAUGAUGAAUUUAUGCCAUAUUUUUCUGUUUAAUUAGUUAACAUGAAGCUGUGUUCAGCUAUAGGCCCAGUUUGAUGCGUCGCUCCUUUUGAUAAAACGAUUUUAUUAAUUUUAAUUCAAUAUUUUUAUUUUAAACUAACAUUAUUUUAUUGUAGUAUAAUUUUUAAGUAUUUAUAAUAAACACGAAAGAAAAAUAGGGUAUAAUCCUUAGGUACAUAAAUAAUUAUUUUCUUUUUAUUAUUAAUCAAUUUGAAAAUUUACUUUUCCUAACAUUGGUCUUUAAUAGUGCAAAAUCCCACUCAACCUUUUUUAGCUGAAAUACUAAAAAUAAAUCGAAAAGCAAUGUCCACAUUCGAAUAAACAUCGUAUAUUUACAUGUAUGUAAAAUAUUCUCGCUUGAGUCGAUUCAACUGUUUUUUCAGUAUACAUUCCAGACAAAAUCUUCCACAAAAACUAAUCUGAAUCUUAUUUUUUUUUUCGUUUCUAAAAUUUAGGGGUUUCAAAAAUUUUACCGCUGGGCCUCACGGGCCAAAGCAUAAAUCCAUCACCAGCAGUGUUCAUAAAUUUUAAUUUUUCUUUAUUCCAUACUUUCAUGUUUUUAUGUCACUACCUAUGUAACUGUGUCGUGCCAUUUUUUGUUUUAUUUGUUACUUAAUUUCGUUGAAAAAAUUUUGAAAACUUUGUAGAACAUAAUAUUUAUUAUUUUAUUUUCAAAUGAAAAUCAUUUACAAAGUGAAAAAUAGUUACGGAACAUGCACAAUGUACUAAAAUCAGCGCCUAAGACGCUAUCAACAAAGCCAUCCACUGAAAUUUUCAGUAGGAAUACUUUGAAAAAAGGGAUGUACAUAGCUUGUACCCUUAACACUUAUUAAUUUCUCGAAUAGGAAAACUAAGAUAUGAGCUCGGAAACUAGAUCAGGAUCAAUAAAUUAUAAUUGAGAAUAUACUUAUUAGGGUGACCCAAAAAAAAAACGAUGUGAUAAUAAAUUACUUCAUUACUAUAAUACUGUAAUUUGCUGUCAGAUACUCAGUCUUGUUUAUAAUAAUUUCUAAAAAAUAAUUUAUAAACCUAGUGAUAAGUAGUACUACGCAGUUUUCAAAAGUAAGUUAUUUUCGAAGACAUACUGUAUAUUAUUUCUAUUUAUUUUUCUUAAAUAUUAUACAGCGUGUCCAUAAAUUCGACUUUCAUCGAUUGUUAUUGAAACUUCGCCACCACUAUUCAAAAAUUUUUGGAAAACCCUUUAAUCGCAGUAGUACAUUUUUUUUUCAAGGAAAACGUGUAGUUUAACGAACAAAAAUCAUUUUGUAGGACAUUAACCUGUAAGUUGAUACAGAAGAAACUAUUUAUUAUUUUUUUCCUAAAUAAUCACAAUUGCAGUCACGAAAUGUUUGCCAAGAAAACGAUUAAUUUUAGAUUAUUCCGAUCAUUUGACCCAAGGAAUUUCCCUUAGAACGUUAGCAGUCGAAUUUAGUGACACCCUGUAUAUAAUAGCCUAUACUGUUGAUAGUAUUAUUUGUAAACGUAAUACAGCCAUUUUAUUUUCUAAAAUUAUACAAUAUUACAAUUAA